AGAGAAGCGAUCGGCUUAGAGUAACGUUUAGUUAAGGCUGACCGCUCUGUCAUGCUUGCUGCGUUACGUUCGCUUGUACAACAUGAUCGGAGUGAGGAAAAAAUUGCUUGUAUUUGGUGUCACGACGGUCGUGCUUGUGGUCACUUUCAUUGUAUUAAUUGUCAUCUUCACGGUCAAUUCAGACGAUAAAUGCGGUCCAAAGUACAUCAGUUCUUCUGAUCUGGGCCGUUAUGCGAAGGGUGCCGUGGCGACAAACGGUCGGGAAUGUUCAAGAAUUGGUGCGGAUAUCUUAUCUAGGAAUGGUUCGGCAGUGGAUGCUGCAAUAGCGGCGCUUCUUUGCGAAGGCAUCGCGUCUCUGCACAGCAUGGGACUGGGCGGUGGAUUUUUCAUGACGAUAUGGGACGCAAAGAGCAAAACGGCGGAUUAUCUGGACGCGAGGGAGACCGCCCCGUUGGCUGCGACAGAGGACAUGUUCGAUGGCAAUGCACAUUUAGCCAUGUAUGGUGGCUUGGCAGUUGCUGUCCCGGGUGAGCUCAUGGGCUAUUGGGAAGCGUAUAACAAAUACGGGAAGUUACCGUGGGCCGAGUUAUUCGAGCCCGCUAUUAAAUUGUGCGAAACCGGAGCACUCAUCAAUAAUUAUCUUGCCGCGUAUCUAGUCGAGAAGGAGCCUAUGAUAAAAAACGAGAGCAGUUUGGCUGAAAUACUCAUAAAUCCUGACACCAAUAAAACGUGGGUUGCGGGAGACCGAAUAAAGCGACCGAAACUGGCGGAGACGUUAAAGCUGAUAGCGAAACACGGUCCUAACAUAUUUUACAAUGGCAGUAUAACUGACAAAUUAGUCGACGAGAUAACGAAGUUUAAAGGAAUAAUCACAAAGCAGGAUUUUCAACAAUACAGAGCCUUAUGGAGAAAGCCGGUCGAGUUGAAAAUGGGGAAUCUGACGAUUUACAGUGCCCCGCCACCGGGUUCGGGGGCAAUUUUGACCUUUAUAAUGAACAUUCUUCGUCGUCUGCUACCGGUCGACAAUGAGAAUAUAAUGUGGCAACGUAUAAUCGAGACCUUCAAGUGGGCUUACGCAAGAAGGACAGAGCUGGGAGAUCCUGAUUUCGUCGAGGGCAUAGACGCGGUGCUCGCCAAUUUAACGUCCAACGAUUACGCGGAAAUGAUAAAAAGUAGGAUUAAGGAUGAUUGCACGAGUCAAGAUCCAGAGGACUAUGGCGCCGUCACCACAACAAUCGUGGAUGCGGGGACCUCGCACGUUUCCGUUCUCGCUCCCGAUGGUUCCGCCGUUUCCGUUACGUCGACUAUCAACCAGGUGUUCGGCGCGAUGAUACGCUCAAGGUCCACCGGUAUAAUAUUUAACGACGAGAUGGACGACUUCAGUUCGCCCAACAUCACUAACGGCUUCGGGCUGCCGCCGUCACCGGCGAAUUUUAUUCGUCCCGGCAAACGGCCGUUAAGUUCGAUGUGCCCUACUAUAGUGGUCGAUCGCAAGGGCAAUGUGAGAUUAGUGAUUGGUGCAGCCGGUGGCACGAAGAUCACGAGCGGCGUGGCAAUUGGGAUGCUCUUGAAUCUUUGGUUCGGUUACGACAUAAAGGAAGCGGUUGAUGCGCGCCGACUUCAUCACCAAUUGCUGCCGAUGAAUGUCCAGAACGAAAAACAUUUUUGUCAAUCCACGUUAGAUUAUUUGAAUAAGAUUGGACACAACGUUACCACAUUUACCGGAAUUGGCAGCGCGAUUACGGCUGUAUCUAAGGAAAACGGAGUUAUAACAGCAAAUUCAGACUAUCGCCGACAAGGAACAACAGCGGGACUGUAAAAAUGAUAGAAUCGACGCGGAUGACCUUGUAACAUUGAUUCCUCUUUGUGCCACCAAUGUUUUUUUAACUGCAGUAACGAUUGUAAUCUAAUACAUGAUUAUUAAUUAUUAACGCUCUCUACUUAGCAUGGAAUCUCUGUUUCAUCAUAGUCUAUUUGAAAAAGAAGAAAUUCCGGUUCUUAAUGUUACAAAAUUGUUCGCGUUGGAACAUGUGUUGUGUAAAUAUCGAAUUCUUAUUCUUGACACAACGCACAUACACGUAUAAUUUUAAGACAAAAUUUAUAUUUUAAAAUAGUCAUUUGCAUUUACAAGGUGCCAAUUCAACAUGCAAAAACAUUGUAGUGACUGAAUCACUAAAAUGAUUUGUUAUUUACUCGGCUGUAAAUACUUAAAAAUUGUAAUUAUGUAUAGUAGUAAUAUUUAUUUUAUUAUAUUUGAUAGAUCAUCGCAUCUCUGUACAUAUUUCAUAGUAUUUCCUAUGUGAUACAAGAUUUAUAUAUAUGAAAAUAAAAUCAUCUUUACUUUGUGUUUAUAAUAAUAUCAAUUAAAUUUAUUUCUAAAUAUUGUAAAUUUUAUUUUUAUUGUUGAAACGAAAGAUAACAUGCCUGUAUCUAAUAAUAUAGAAUUCUCUCUAUUCUUGACGAUGUAGAUGAUAUAAUUAUGUUACUUACACAAUAAAUUAUGCAACUUUAUAUGAAA